AUGCAAAAAGUCGACAAUUUUGAAUCAUCAUCAUCAUCAUCAACAACAACAACAACACCAAUUUUUGGUAAUACUGUAUCACAAACAAAAAUUCAACAACAACAACAACAACCAAAUAAUGAUGAAGUUGACAAAUUAGAAACAUCAUCACAAUCGGUUAUUAAUGGAGAAAAUAUUAAAACUAAUGAUCAUGAAGGUUCAACUACAACAGAAUCUGUUCGUGAAAAUAAUGGUACAAAUAAUAUAACUGAUGUACAUGUUAAUGGACAAAAUGAGAAAACAACUGUUGAUGAUCUUCAACCAAUUGAUGCAACAAUUAAAGAUAAUAUUAAACCAACGGAAGAAACUAUUUCAACAUCAGAAGCACCACAACCAAUGGAAAAAACAAGUCAAAAUGAAGCCAUUCCGGAACCAUCAAAUGAACAAACGGAUAAUCUUACAUCAACAGUUCCACCGCCACCACCACCAGUUGAUGUACCAGUAUCAACUGAACCUGAAUCUGCAUUAUCAACAUCAACUGAUGUUGUUAAAGAAGAUGUAUCAUCAACAUCAGCAACAACUAAUGUUGAUAAUGUUCCUCCUGUUGAAACAACAUCAACAUUAAAUGAAAAUAUUCCUACAUCAGUUACAGUUCCUGAGGCAACACCAGAACGCAAAACUAAAUCUCCUCGUGGUAAAGCUAAAACACCAGUAGUAUCAACACCACCAACACGUCACUCAACACGUGCUAGAAAACCUGUUUCAUCAACAAAUGAAGAAGAAGAAGAAGAACAACAAACAACUGAAGAUAUUCGUGUUUCAACACCAAGUCAAAAAACAUCAUCACCAUCACCAAAACGUACAAAACGUCAAGCAACAACAAAAGAUACUACACAACCCACUUCAACAUCAGGUAGUAGUUUAACUGAAGAAGUUAAACCUCGAAAU